GCUGUUUGAGUUUCUGGUUCUGGAUUGUCGGUGUUGUCGCCAGCAUUUUCAUUUCAAGUUCGGUCGUCGCUCUGGUCGGUUGGAAGACGCGCGGGCGUCCCAGCAGCAACUACAACAACAGCAACAGCAGCAACAACAGCAACAGCAGCAGCAGCAACACGCCAGCAACAUACAACUUCGUUGAGCAACUUGGCUUAUUCGACUUGGAGUGUUUCGCUCGCGUAACUUGUGCUUUUCGGGAAACUGCUUCCUUAAAACUUAACACUGAAAAUUCAAAUUAGAAUUCAAAUCAAAAGUCACAAAAAUCAAAACAAUCGGCAGCAAUGCGGUGAAUAAAUAAUAACAUUUUUGUUAACUGUUGCAAGCAUUGAGUUUAAUUGUUUGUUUUGGUCGUAAAAUCAAAUUUUAUGACCAGCAACAUAAAAAGCCAGCCCCAGCCAGCAAAGGCAGCAACAACACCAAGCACGCACUGAAAAUUACGCUCGCGACUUGUGCCGGCCCCAAAACUAAAAGCCAACAACAGCAACUAAACUAAAUAAUUUAUCAAAAUAAUCACAAUAAAUAAAUCAAAGCUAAGUAAAAGCUCUGCUCCGCUCAACGAUAAGUGAUUCAAACAAAAAUCAAAACCAUCCCAAAUACUCCCUCGAAACAAGUUUGGAAAAAUUUUCAAAAAAUCAGACUCGUGACCAAUUUGAAAAUAUUGAGUGACCUCGAACACCCUGUGACUGGGAACUCUCUUGGCUGGUUUUUGAUCGAAUCAGCCCCCUGCCAGCCAGCAACAACAACAGCACGGACGGAAACAAAAAAAAACUGUGGCUCUCUUUUCGCCGCUCUUAGCGCUGUGUGCGUGUGAGCGUGUCCGUGUGUGUGUUUGAGCGUGUGCCAGCAGUGUGUGCGUGUGUGCGGUACGCAAAUAAAAAAAAUUAUAAACAAGAAGUAACUGGCCGAAUAAAAAUCAGAAAAAUAAACAGAGGAGUGUGAAACAAAAAUUAAUUACUUAACUAGAGUUGGCCAAUAGGGGGGGAGGAAAAAGAUUGGAAAAACGGUAAAGAGGUCGGUGGGUCGAGGCGAUCUCGACUGCACUGCACCACUGCAACAUCGCCGCUACAUCGCCCGAGUUUGAGUGAAACGCGUCCAAGAUAACCGUAAAUAUUCCACCCCUCCCCCAAACCCCAACCAUCCCGCUGGCGUGCGCUUUAUACGACCCCCACGAUGUCUCGGCAGUCGGGUCGCACGCCGCUGCCGGGGCGUGGUGGGGGCACCACACACCACACACCCACUCCCACACCCCCACGCACCCGCAUUCGCAUCCGCAUCCGCACCACCAGGCGCAUCCCUCGCUACCCGCCAUGCAGCAGCACCACCUCCAGCAGCAGCAGCAGCAUCUGCAACAGCAGCAACAACAACAGCAGCAGCAGCAGGAGCAGCAACAGCAGCAACACUUGCAGCAACUGCAUCAGCAUGCCGCUCACCACCACCUGCCUCAGCCUCUGCAUACCACCAGCCACCACCACAGUGCGCAUCCCCACCAGCAGCAGCAUGCCGUGGUCGCCUCCUCGCCCUCCUCGGUGCUCCAGCAGCAGCAGCAGCAGACGACGCCCACCACACAUUCCACGCCCACGCAUGCGGUCAUGUACGAGGAUCCCCCGCCAAUUGUUGCCGUGCAACAGCAGCAGCACCUUCCCGCUCCCCAGCAGCAGCAGCAACAACAACAGCUGGCGACAACACCGGUGGCCGGCGCCCUCAGUCCCGCCCAAACUCCCACUGGACCCUCCGCCCAACAGCAGCAGCAGCAGCAACAGCAACAGCAGACGCAGCAGCAACAUCUCACCUCGCCCCAUCACCAGCAACUGCCCCAGCAGCAACAGACUCCAAACAGUGUGGUCAGUGGCGCCUCCUCGAAUCUCCAGCAGCAGCAGCAGCAACAGAACUCCGCGCUCCCUCCUGGCCAGACACAAAUCGUUGCUCCGACCACGGCGAGUGUUUCUCCCUCCAGUGUUAGUUCCCAGAAGGAAGACCUCAACAUGUCCAUCCAAUUAGCGCCACUGGCCAUACCCGCCGCCAUCCGGGCCGGACCAGGAUUCGAGGCGGAGGCCUCGGCAGCUGUCAAGCGGCACUCGGCCCACUGGCCCUACAACGAAGAAUUCAACCCGUACCCCGCAUACACAUCACAGUACCCAAUGGAUCCGCGCGAACGCAAGCCCAUGUUCUACCCCUAUCCAGAUAGCCAGUUUCAGCAGAGCUGGCCAUACACAUACCGCCAUGAUCAGACGCCCACCACCUACAUGAGCGCCACCGAGGAGCGCCACGUGUCCGCGGCAGUGGCGGCCCGCCAGUCCGUCGAGGGCACUUCGCAGUCCAGCUAUGAGCCGCCCACCUACUCCUCGCCGGGCGGACUGCGCGGCUAUCCCAGCGAGGCCUACUCCAGCUCAGGAGCCUCCGGAGGGUUGUCGGUGGGCGCCGUGGGUCCUUGCACGCCCAACAACGCCCUGCACGAGUGGACCGGACAGGUGUCCGUCCGGAAAAAGCGGAAGCCCUACUCCAAGUUCCAGACCCUGGAGCUGGAGAAGGAGUUCCUCUUCAAUGCGUACGUGUCCAAGCAGAAGCGCUGGGAGCUGGCCAGGAAUCUGCAAUUGACCGAGCGACAGGUGAAGAUCUGGUUCCAAAACCGGCGCAUGAAAAACAAGAAGAACUCACAGCGCCAGGCCAAUCAGCAGAACAACAACAAUAACUCGAGCAGCAACCACAACCACGCCCAGGCCGCCCAGCAGCACCACAGCAACCACCACCUGAGCCUCGGCCUGAGCAUGGGCCAUCACUCCACCAAGAUGCACCAGUGACCCUUGGACAACAGCAGCGCGGGCGCCAUGGGCUUUGCCACCUACUAGCAGUUAGCCAACCCGGGUCUGGGUCCAGCUUCCAGCGCCGGCACCGGGACCGGGAAUCCCGCCCAGUCGCAUCCACCCAACCCGAUGGCCGAUCCGCAUUCGCAUCCGAAUACCCAUCUGAUCAAAAACGAACUGGCACUGGACUUCCCCUGUUAGCCAAUCAAUUAAAUGUACAAAAAAUCAAAGAGGAAAACGCAGAUCUCUGGGAUUCGAGCUGAGGAGCUGAGGAACUGCAUCUGGAGGAGGAGUUACCUUGGAGUCGCAGGCGUCGCUGUUCAUUGCUGACAAAGAUGUUGAUUGAAAUGCAGUUAAUUAUUAAGUACUAGAGAGAUCUAGGCCGAAUGCAUUCAGCUUAGUUCGGUAGAUGAAUAUAGAUACAAGAUACAAGAUACAUGAUACAAGUAAGACGGAGAAGUAGCAGCAGACACAGAUGCACUCUAGAUUCGCAACUGUUUGAAAAUAUAUAUAUAUAUAUAUAUAAAGAUGUAUGUAUUUCUCUCUCGAAGCUCUCAUUAACCCUAAGCGAGCACUAUGAAUUUUCUGAAUUAUAAAUUAUAAAAAAUAUGAAUAUAUAAUCCCGCAUAAAUUAUGAAUACACGCGUUCGAGUAGUAGAUUUUACCAUAACUAUCCAUGUAAGAGCGGUAGGAUGAGCACAUUGUAGACCCAGCUAAAAUGUUCAUGAAACAAAAACUAAAAUUGUUUAACAAUUUAACGAGAUCCCCUCAGCCCUCCUCACCACUCACCACCCAGUCUCACAGGCACACACAUACCACACACACUCCGCGGUUUAGGAUAAAUUUUGUCGUAUAAUGUUCGUCGUGUCGUGUCCUUUGAUACCUUUUAAGUUCCUGUAUAUAAACUAAGACAUCGGGCUGACUUCCGGCCGAAGCAAACACUCGAUAAUUAAAUUAAAAAUCAGAUAAUAUAUUUAUGUAGUACUCAUACUAUAUAAACUCGAAUUCGAUUUUAGUAAAAAUGUUAAUCGUAAGUCGCAAAAUUUCGAUGUGUGUGUGCAUGUUUACUCCAUAGUUGAAGUCGCUUUCGAAUUAAAUUAACUCUACUCCUAAAUCUAAACAAAAAACAAAAACAAAAAGCAAAAAUUAAAAAAAUCAAAAAAUAAACAAAAGAAAGGAAAUAUUAAAAUUUAACUAAAGUAAGCGAGUGUGAGCUAUAACGAUGAUGAGAAAGGGGAGCGGUCGAGGAGGAGGAAGUAAUUAGCAUACCGUAACAGCUACUUAUAUAUAGUACAUAUUAACGUACAUAUGCAUACAUAUAUUUUCAUGUGUAUCGACGCCGCUUGAUCCUGAUAUUAAGUCUAAGUUUAGUUGUGUUGUGUAAUUAUCGAUUUUGUUAAUGUUUUGCCCCGAGCAUUAUAUUAUUAUACCUAAAGCCCUUGAACUUUAAACCUAAAACCUAUACCUACACCUAUGCCUCUCAUUCUAUGUGUAUAAUUGAUUAAUUGAUACAUAAUUGAUGAAAUGAUUUCACCCACUGCUUUAUUCACGUUCUUGUAUUAUUAUUAUUUCGAGCCCUCGAUAAGUUGUAGUCUAAAGUCGGUUAUGUUUAUGAUUAUGUUCGAUUAUAGUUUGUUUAGUGAAUUUUAAUCUAGCGUUAGCAAUUCUCUUUUUUAAAAAGUUAAUUAUUGUGAAUAAAAAACAACAAUUGCAGCAUUGCAACAAAUAUACACACAAUUCAAAAACCAA